UUCGCCCUCCGCUCCAGCAGGGUUCGCUGUUCGCUUGGCCACUUUGCUGUGGUCCAAGCGAAGUGUCGUCGACGCGGAACCCCGUGUGUGUGUGUGUGUGUGUGUGUGUGUGUGUGUGUGUGUGUGUGUGUGUGUGUGUGUGUGUUUACGUCUCCACCGCUGUCUCUCUGUCUUUGUCCGCAGACACGGAUGAAGAUGUGCGCCGUGCAGCUGCUGCGGGUGUCGGUCCAUGAGCGGAUCAGCGCCGCCGCUGAAGACUUCCUGCUGCGGCUGGAGAAAGCGAGAGAAGCGGCUGAGAUCCCGGAGCUGAGAGCGCUGCUCACCGAGCGGUUAACGGCGGCUGCGGAGGAGAUCGUCGGUCUGUUGGAGGAAACCGUGGCGGAGUACGAAGACAGAGUGGAGCGGUCAGAGCGGGAGAUCUGCCGCCAGAGGAGGCUGCUGGAUGCUGUGCUGAAGCCUGAAGUCCGGCUGCACCGAGCGGAUUCUCUGUGGACUCAGCACCACUCGACCUCUAGGCCUCCGCUCGAUGCUGCAGACCUGAUCCAGACCAGAGCCAAGCGCAUCGGCAGCGACGCUUCCUGCCCAUCCACGCCUCGUUCUGCUUCCCCCACCUACCAUCCGCCCUGCUCGCCCAGCAGCUCGGACGUCCAUAGCGACGGCAUUCCAGAGGAAGACUGGACUGUACAGACUCAGACUCUGAGACCUGUGAGGAGAAAGAAGAGAGGCCGCCCGCCGCUCGCCGCGGUCAAAAACAAACGGAAGAGGUCCACCCCUGCUCAGAGUUUCAGCUGUCACGUGUGUGGACGCUCUCUGCAGGGAAAAGGCUUCCUGCUCAAACACGUCCUGCAGGUCUGCGCCAAGGACCCGGACUGCUGCUGUGGCUUCUGCGGUGAACGUUUGGACUCGGCCGCCGAGCUGACGGCGCACCUGCAGACACAUCAGGAGAGGAGUAAAACCUGCUCCUUCUGUGGGAAGACCUUCCAGUCCAUCCUGGCGCAGGAGCUGCAUGUCCGUCUGCACACGGGCGAGAAACCGUACAGCUGCGACGUCUGCGGCAAGAAGUUCAGCCAGAAGGGCAACCUGAGCUCGCACAUGCGCGUCCACGCCAUUGAGAAACCCUUCAAAUGUAAAGAAUGCAGCCGUUGCUUCUGUCACAUGACGUCUUUAGAGCGCCACAUGCGGGAGCACAGCAGUGAGGAGGUGCACACCUGCAGCAUCUGUGCCCAGGAGUUCAGCAAGCAGCGCAGCCUGCGGCGACACAUGGCGAUUCAUCAGAAGGACACCGGCUGCAAACCAAAGAGAUAUCGCAGCUCGCCGCCGUCCUUCCUCUGCAAAGUGUGCGGUGACGCCUUCAACAAGAGGACCUUACUCGUGAGGCACGUGGAGGCUCACCUACAGGACCCGGAGUGCCGCUGUGGACUCUGUGGACACCAGUAUGAGUCCGCCACCAGCCUCGCCGCCCACCUGCAUUCCCACCGGGAGAUCUGCAACACCUGCCACGUCUGCGGAAAGUGCUUCCCAGCGCAGGCGGCGCUCCUGAUGCACAUGCGGAUCCACACGGGGGAGAAACCGUACUCCUGCAGCUUCUGCGGGAAGAGCUUUAACCAGAGUGGCAACCUGAAGACGCACCUGAAGAUCCACACCGGUGAGAGGGCAUUCUCCUGCAGCCUCUGCGGGAAGGGCUUCACGCAGAAACAGACGCUGGACACUCACGUCCGUUUCCACAACAAGGAGCGCCGCUUCCUGUGCCAGGUUUGUGGGAAGGGCUUCAUGCAGGAGGUGGACCUGAAGAGACACAUGCUGAUCCACACCGGAGAGAAGCCGUAUAGUUGCCGGGUCUGCGGCAAAAGCUUCCAGGCCAAACGCUCGCUCAACGGACACCUCAAGGUCCACGCUGCCGCAGCUGCUGUGGGCAAGGAGCCGGGGGCGGAGCUACAUCAUCUGACCUCAGGGCAGCAGAGGACAGACAGCUUCUACCACGGAUUCAUCCAACUGUAGACAGAGUACUGACCGCUAAUAGGAAACAUUCUGAUGCGGUUCUCGGAACGUUUUAAACAACACGUCUGUUUCAGGUCACAUGUUUAAACCAUAGGGUUGCAGCAAUAUGCCGGUUUCAAGGUAUAAAACAAGAUGGUUAGUGGUUACUUCAGCUAGGGUUAGCAUGUACAUUUGAUUAUCUACAGUAUAGCUUACAUGUUAGCUAACCCGACACCGUUCCUUUCAGUCCCUGGCUCAACUGAGUCAGCAAGAUUUAGCAUCACAUUUCAAAGCAGCUAGCUAUGCUAACAUGCAGAGACACAGCGGCCGCUAGACGUUAGUCUUAGCUGCUCUGCACCUUGCACCACAUGCAUCGGGUGGGAGCUAACAUUAUAGCUGCGCUGCUCGUUCAGCUGUUAAAGGGAUAGUUAACCUUUUUGUCAGACGGCCUAUAAGACGGGGAAGACGUCAACACCGUCAGUUGUCCAUCUAUGCUAACAGAGCUAGCAGUAGUUAAUGAUGCUAAAGUGGGUCUUUCUGGGGCAAAAUAGAUCCUCUUACUGAGUGGGGCUAGCUGGGAGGAGACUGGAGGGUGGCCGCAGUAUCUUCACAGCAGUGUUGUUGGGUCGGGACGGCGUUAUGAGCAGUAACAGCUGAACGAGUGGUGAUGUAAAAGACGUUUUUAAACUUGUGUGCAGAGUCGACGCCUGAGCCUACACAUGUGGCUCACGCUAUGUCUGUGUUGCACCUCCAGAACAGUAGUCAGCAGUGGAGUUUCAUGCUAAUGUCUUUAGCACAAGCCUAUGGCAAUUAACAUUGUAUAAAUUAGCCUAGUGGCUAGCAGACUUUUCCUCUUCUCAUAUGAGGCCAGGAACAACUAGCUGGUGACAGCUAACAGCUAACAUUAAAGAACUGCUAACAGCUAAUGGUAACUUGCUGCUGACAGCUAAUGUCACCUACUGCCAUCAGCUAACAGCUUAUGUUAACUAGCUGCCAACAGCUAAUGGUAAAUAGCUGCUGACAGCUAAAAGCUGACAUUAACUCACAACAACUAAAGUUUACUAGUUGGUAACAGCUAACAGCUAAUGUUACUUAGCUACAAAUGGAUAUUAACUGCUGACAGCUAACAGCUAACAUCAACUUACUGCUAACAGCUAAUGGUAACUAGCUGCUGACAGCUGACAACUAACAUUAAUUAACUGCUAACAGCUAAAGAUGAUUAGCUGGUAACAGCUAAGAGCUAAUGUUCACUAACUGCUAAGAGCUUAUGUCACCAACUGCCAACAGGCAACAGCUAAUGUUAACUAGCUGCAAACAGCUAACGGCAACGACAAUGUGUCCAUAGCAUCAAGUUACGUUACUGCAAACUACUUAAGAAAAUCUGCGCUAGGGGCGUCGGUGGCUUAGUGGUAGAGCAGGCGCCCCAUGUAAAAGGCUGUUGCCGUAGCGGCCCGGGUUCGA